AAAUUUGAUUUUAUCAUUGUGGAUGGUCCAAGGAAGCUCCUCACAGUCAUCCGGCAGUCCUAGUCAGCGCCCAAAGUCUCAACACAUGCAAUAGCUGUUUGUCUAUUUCAGGCCAUCCCAGAUCGGUAAUCUCCUCUCUCUCGCGACUUCUAAAUCUGAUAAUGGCGGCAGGAACCAGCAGGAAGAUAUCUGCUGCCUCGGCAAGGUCUCACACUAGAAGAGCUAAGCAGAGCUCCGGCCUUACUCUCCCUUCAGGGAUCUUUCCGGGAGUACUUUUAGUUGUGCUUGCUGGGCUAGUGGCUUGGGGUUACCAAGCAAUCCAACCACCUCCACCCAAGAUAUGUGGUUCUUCUGAUGGACCACUAGUCACAGCAUCAAGAAUCAAGCUUCGAGAUGGAAGGCAUUUGGCUUACCGAGAACAUGGUGUGUCGAAGGAUGUUGCCAAGAUUAAAGUCGUCUUUAUCCAUGGUUUCGAUGUCUGUAGGCUUGAUGAUGUCAUUGCCAAUUACACUUCUCCGGAACUUGUUGAGGAGUUGGGGAUCUAUUUUGUGUCAUAUGACAGACCUGGUUAUGGGGAGAGUGAUCCUCAUCCAUCGAGAACAGUGAAGAGCCAGGUGUCAGACAUAGAAGAGCUUGCUGAUCAAUUGGGACUGGGGUCUAAAUUCUACUUAAUUGGUUACUCGCUUGGCGGCCAGCUGGGAUGGGGCUGCCUGAAGUACAUUCCUCACAGGCUAGCAGGGGUGACACUGUUGACCCCAGCUAGUAACUACUGGUGGCCUGGCUUUCCUUCCAACUUAUCUACUGAAGCCUUGUACAAACACCCACCUUGUGACUAUUGGUCUCUUCGUGUGGCUCAUUAUGCUCCCUGGUUAACUCAUUGGUGGAAUACCCAAAACUGGUUUCCAAUUCUUGGCGCAAUAAGUAAAAGCCCUCAUAUUCUUUCUCGUGAAGAUAAAGAAGUUGUAGCUAAGCUCAUAGCUAAAGGAGUUGAUAAUAUGGUAAUUUUCCUCUGCGAACAUGUACGACAGCAAGGAGAAUAUGAGUCUCUCCAUCGUGACUUGAACGUAGGAUUUGGCAAUUGGGAGUUCGAUCCGGUGGAGAUGGAGAACCCUUUCACUAACAAUGAAGUCUCUGUACAUCUGUGGCAAGGAGAUGAAGACAUUCUGGUGCCUGCUAUAUUGCAGCGCUACAUUGCAGAGCGCCAUUCUUCUUGGAUUCAAUACCAUGAGCUUGCUGGUUCUGGACACUUCUUCCCUUAUCUUGAUGGGAUGGCUGACACCAUUGUGAAGACGAUGCUGAACGACAAGGAGUAAGCUUUGACAGGCCUGGGAGAGUUGUCGGUGGACCAUGGUGUGUUGCCCCAGGCUGGAAGAUUCAAAGCAUUUGGCAAUGUUGUUUUAGUUGCAGCUUUCGGAGCUAUAGAUUGUGUUGUAUUUCUGUUGUUUAGAGUUGAGAUUUUUUUGUAAUGAUGUUUAGACACACUGCACUUAAAACUGCUGUUUUGAGCAUGGAUUCUGGAGCAGGGUAAGAUAACCAACAGGUAUGCAAAAAAAUGGUACCAUAAACCAAGAAUCUAUGAUUCUGAUUAGGAUUGGCGCUAGGUUUGUGAUAAUCCGAUAUUUGUACAUGUU